AUACAUACAUCUGUCAGAAGCACUCAGGAUGGUGCGGUGUUGAGAAAACCUCUGAGAACAGUUGUGCUUUCGUCGACGACUUGGCAUCUCGUUGGCAACCUUGACAGCCAUAGCGCGUGGACACCGUUCAGUUGGCCUUGCUACCUCCGUCGACCUUGGGUGUGAGCCUCGUGCUCGACACAAAACAAUGGCCGUCUCCGCGUUCUCCAGAACGCCAAGGAACAACUACGAACGACUCGAAAGCGGCGUAGGCCCCGCUCAUGCUACCAGGAAAAUACAAUGGAAGAAGAUUGCCUUAGGAUGUACGGUUCUUAUUACUCUCGUUUGGCUCUUUAGUCCUAGAGGUGAGCUCUACGCUGAUCCAGCGACUCCUCAGCCCCUUCCAGAAGAUGUUUACACCACCAAGACACCGCCCGACUCGCACCACGGCGGCAUCACGCAUACGACACCACCCAAAUUCCCGGCUCUCCCUGCGUCACCAGACCCAACUUCCGUGCCAACGUCGCCAGAAACGGAUCCCGACCCAUUGAAAACGGUGCAUUGUACGACGCCUCACUCGACUUCGUCACCGCUCGUGCAAUACGCACUCAUGAUUGACGCCGGGUCGACGGGUUCGCGUAUCCACAUCUACAAAUUUCACAGCUGUGGACCUACACCUGCAUUCGAAUACGAAGUUUUCAGGCAUAUUGAACCCGGUUUGUCGUCUUACGCUGGGAACCCACAAGCAGCCGCCGAGAGUCUUGAUGUGCUACUUCAAGAAGCGGAACGCGUCGUCCCAGAAUCAUUGUGGAAUUGUACGCCUGUUGCUGUGAAAGCGACGGCUGGACUGAGGCUCCUCGGUGUUCAGGGGAGUGGGGAGAUCUUAGAGGCUGUGCAGACGCAUCUGGAACGACGAUACCGGUUCGUGGUUCCCCAACGGGAUGGCGUGGUGAUUAUGGACGGGAAAGACGAGGGUGUGUAUGCGUGGAUUACGGCGAAUUAUCUGUUGGAUACGAUCAGAGCUGAUUCGCCCGCCGGCGUGUCCCCCUAUGCCGUGCUGGACCUGGGAGGCGGGUCGACGCAGAUCGUGUUCGAACCUGAGAGGGGAGCCGACUUGGAUGACAAUGGGGACGAGGCGCAGAGGAAUGUGUUGAAGGAGGGAGAACACAAGUAUGAGUUGGUGUUUGGGGGAAGAACGAGGGCGUUGUAUCAGCACUCGUAUUUGGGCUAUGGACUGAAGAGCGCGAGGGGGAGCGUGCAUCAGUUGGUGGAGUUUACGGAUUCGGUCCGAAGGGGACGCAUGGAUAAUAAUGAGGAGGACAACGGGCGGAGAAUACCCAAUCCUUGCCUGGCACACGGAACGGAGAAGGAAGUCGAAAUACCCCUGGGGAACGGACAAAAGAAGACGGUGGUUAUGGCAGGCGAGGAUAUCGGCGCGUUCGAGGCGUGCAGCAGGGUGCUAGAACUCGUCAUGGCCAAGGACGCCGUAUGCGAGCUGAAGCCAUGCUCAUUUGAUGGAGUCUAUCAGCCAUCACUCCUGGACGCAUUCCCAACAGGGAAUAUUCUAUUGCUAUCCUACUUCUACGAUCGUAUCACUCCUCUCACGAAGUCGGACGACGGCUCGCGGUCCCCUCUCACCAUCUCAGUCAUCUCUCGGCUCGCAAAGCAAGUAUGUGCGGGACCUAGUUCAUGGCGCGAGCACUGGGGUAACGACGCGGACGUGAUAGAGGAGCUCAAAGGAAGACCAGAGUGGUGUCUCGACUUGAGUUUCAUGCAUACGUUGCUGGUGCUUGGAUACGAAUUUGCAGAGAGUAGAGAGGUCCAGCUGGGGAAGAAGAUCGGGGGGACGGAGUUGGGGUGGUGUUUGGGUGCGACGAUUGCCAUGGUGGGUGGAGGAGAGGUCAGAUGUCGUGCGUGAACCCUUUCGAUCAAUUAUAUCCACUUGGAUACGAAGUUAUCCUGGGCUUGCAUGUCAUCUCGGUAGGAAUGUGCAUUUUU